AUCAUUUUUGUUCCAAGUUAAAUAUUAUGGUAUACGUGAUAUACUUUUCUUUAAGUCAUACUGUAUUUUCCUCAUAUUUUUAUACGUUCCUGUUUACAACUCUAUUCCCAUUUUAAUUUUGAUACCUUCAUGUUAAAAAAAAUACCAACAAAAUAAUCUCUAGUAUGCAUCUUACCCUCUAAGUCCUCAGGGGUGAGAUGAGAAAAGAGAAGCCACCACGUUACAGUGCAUAACUCUUUCUUGUCACACAUCAGAUUGCCAAGCAUUUAGAGAGAUGAAUGAGUGUGCCUGGUGUGGAUUCUGCUCGUGACUUCACUCGGGUCACCGAAGCACUGACAAGGGUGGAAGCCGGGGCUAAUGGGGAGUGCUACUAGUUCUGUUCUAAGUCCUGUGCAAGUUGCACUUCAAGGAAAUCUUUGCUGGGGACGACGACGACGCUGACUGUGCUGCUGCUGCUGCUGCUGCACGUGUUUAAUCCCAGCUCUCAGGAGGAGAAUGCAGUCGGAUCUGUGAGUUCGAGGCCAGCCAGACUACAUAGUGAGCAAAACAAGAUCUCAAAAAGCAAACAGCAACAGCAGACUUUCACUGACAGCCAUCCAUAAUUUGAUAACCAGACUGUUUUUAAAAACGCCUCUAUAGAGUAAACAUCUGUGAAGGAAAUGUUUGGUUUAUUCCUUUGUACGGUUUGAGAAGUGUUUUUAUAAAACAGCCUUAAAGGAGACAGAAUGCCGAAGAGUCCUGUGCUGCGGUCCCCGUGCAGUGUUGGGUGUGAUGGUAUGUCAGUGCCAGGUCAGUAGUUGUGGUCUGUGCUGGGUGCUGAUAGGGUUUUAUAAACUCUCUGACCCUUCCACCUUCCUGACUGUUCCCUGUCACCCCUGCUUGGCUAGGGACAUUUUCUGAUAUGUCCCCAGACAUGUCCGUCUUACUUACUUCUUCCUUAGUUACUUCUGGGACAUUUUUUUCCCUCUUUCCCUUUAAUACUCAAAGUGGUCAAUAAAUCAGCAUGACGUCUGCCUCAUGGAACCUAAAAAUAAUCUUUGUCCCGAGCUGAAGUUUGCCUUAGAUGAAUGUCCUGUACCCUGUGCAGCCCUAACAAACUGCAGAAAUUACUGUCUAGUAAGGCUCAUCGGUACGAUUGGGCGCAUUUUCAUGCAUACGGUACAAUCAUUGUUUUAUUUUUUUACUUACUACUUUGUUUUACUUACCCAUUGUAUUGUAAUAAUAAUAGCUUCCUGUACAGCUCCUUUCUAGGUUAAUAACAAGACUGAGGGUGAAAAUUUUGAGUCAUUUGUCUUUUCCCAUCAAUUUGUUAGGUUUUUAAUUUUUGUUGUCUUUGGUUUGUCUGACUUGAUAGCUGCUCGUAUCUCUUAGUAUAAAGACUACAAAGGAGCUAGCCUUGGUUUUCACUCUCUAAGGUCUUACUUUCAGUGAUCUUUCCUUGGAAGGGGAGUAGGAACCACCACUUUGGCCGCCGUUGUGGCUGCCGUUGGGUGACAGCUGUCUGCUCAGAGAAGUUUGAAGCCUGCAAAGCAUCAGCCACACAAGAUAUUCUUUGUCUAAAUUCACCAGUUACUCACACUUGCUCCAUCCCUUUACGCACAUUGAUGUGCAUGCGUACUUGGAUGUAGAUUUACAUGUGCACACACACACCUACUUCUGAAUGGAUAAACAUGCUGCAGGUAGGACCCCUGUGCCUGGCUACUUGAUGCUUCCUGUAAAGGUAAGAGCAGCCUCCCAUGCAACCUAAACCACUGUCGUCCCGGAAAGCUGACAGGAUUCUUCAGAUGUUAUAACCAUCAACUGUCCUCUAAACUGUCUCAGAUAGACACAUAUUCCCAGGAAAACUGACAGGAUUCUUCAGAUGUUAUAACCAUCAACUGUCCUCCAGACUGUCUUAAAUAGACACAUAUUUACACUCUCUCUCUCUCUCUCUCUCUCUCUCUCUCUCUCUCUCUCUCUCUCUCUCUCUCUUAAAUCGAGGAUACAUUUCCAGGAACACAUGCCACUUGUAUAAUGUCCCCUUACUCUGCUAGAUUAAUCUAGAUUAAUCCCCAUUACCAUCUUUUUCUACUCUUAUGUUGGCUCUUUAAGAUUCAGAAUAUAUCAUAGAAUUUCCUAUAUUCUGGGUCUUUUCUUUUCUUUCUUUGUAUUAACCUUUAACUUAAUUUUUUAUGCUCAAUGAAAAUUCUUAUUUUAUUUUUAUACUAAAAAUUGUGAAUAAAAAGCACACACACACACACACAAAAAAAAGCACACACUAAGAUUAACCAGAAAAAAAGAUUAUGCGACCACAGUCUUUCAGUUAGAAUAGGCAUUCAGAACAGAACCUGCACAGCUUCUGCUGGAUUUUACACUUUCCGCACUUUCAUAUGCAUUUCAUAAUCCACCACUCAAAUCCAAACAUCCGUUCUCAUUAAAGUGACUCUUAUGCCCAAGAGAUACAUAAAUCAGAACCCACAUGACUGUUUCCAGAAGUAAUGGAACUACAGGCUAGAAGAUGUCUCGGCAGGUAAGAGCAUUUGUCACACAAGCCCGGGGACCUGAGUUGAGAUCACUAGCACCCAUAUAAGCACUAGAUGUAGCACACAGACGUGCAUGAAAGUAGUGAGACUAAUUUUUAGGCUUGUUUCAGAAACUACACAUACAAAUAAACUUGGUUUCCCUUGCAGUUUUUAUCUGCUGCAUUUAACUGAUUAAUCUGUGGUCACUGAGGCCAGAAGAGGGCACUGCAGUUUUGUUUUAAGAAACUGUUAAAAACAAUUAGCUGCUUUCCCCUAUUCUCACCAAAGUGAGCUUUUCUCAGUGAUUCACACAUCCAUUCAGGGUGGGGAGCAUGGAGGUAAUUCCAAAAGUGCUAUACUGUACAAGAACUAUAGUUUCAGGUACAUUUGGUUUGCUUGUAAAGAUUUCUCCUUACCUCUUGUCAAUACAAUACCAAGAUGCUGAAAGGGCAAUUAUUUCUUUCUUUUAAAAUGAGAGUUGUUAAUUUUCCCCAUCUGACUGCCAGAUUGGAGUCGGACUGAGUAAAGCGGAGUUUCACGUUAGAGACACGGAAGAUGCAGCAGUGAUCACUGUUGGACCAGUCCUACUUCAUCUGGUUGAUGGGGUUUAUCAAAUACUGCUAAUGUAUUGUUUCUGAGAAGGAUGGACGGGCCCUUGAUCCUAGACUACUGUGUGUCUUAAAGACAAACAUGAUAGAUACUGGAGAUGGUCUAUCGUAUCUGCAAGGUAGGUCGAAUCCCAGAUGGAAAACUAUACAAAAUAUAUAAGGUAGGACUACUUUUUUUUUCUCCAAACCAAAAUUACUGAAAAACUAAUGAUCACAUGUCCAAAGGAGUUGCUGAAACUGAAGAAGUAGACAGAUACAAAUUUGCCUUUAAGAGGCUUCUUAAUAACAUGUUCACACAUAUAAUUGCAUAGCACAAGGUAAAAUCAUGGAAUUAACUUUCAUUAUAAAUCUGUCAGUUGUCCUAAAGAUUUCUUAGGAAGGAAGUGCUUGAUGAUAGUGAUAGUAUUUUGCAUUGGAGAUGGGAGUAAGAAGUUGGGAUAUAAAUAUAUAAAGAUAUAGAUAUAGAUACAUAUAUAUUAUAUCUCUAUAUAUAGAUAUCAAUCAUGAGACUGAGGUUUUACUGUUCUCUGGGUUCUACUGUAUGGUGUGGUAUUUUGGUCCUUAAGCAAACUGGAGGCAGUGAAUCUUCUUGUUAUAAUUCUUGUAUCUUCUCAUUGGCAAGCAAACUGCUCAGAUACCGCAGUACUGUGACAUUGUAGUUUCUGUCCUUGGUGCUGGUUAAGAAUGUCCUGAAAAUAUUCUAGAGAGGUAAAAGGUACCAUCCUAAAUAGCCAAGAAAAAUACCAGUCUGUCUCAUUUAGUCCCAAGUUACUACUACAUAACGUUAUCUAUUAUGUUCGCUGGUGUCAUUCGUGUCUCACACAAUAAUCAUACAAAAUACUAGGGUUAUUUUGUGACAUUGUCAUACUUGCAUGUUAGUACCUUGGUCAUAGUCAUUCUCCAUUACUCUCCUCCCCCUGCCCUCCCACACACACACUACUUCUCCGGUAACUCUUGUCUAUGUUCUUGUCAUCUUUUUAAAACUGUUUCAUUAUUAUAGGUACAUAAAAUAAUUGUAAGGAUAAAAUAUAUUUAUGCUUGACUUUAGGAGAUUAGAUAAACAUAAUGGCUUACUUCAAGUACAGAAUAUACGUGCAUAUUUGCGUCACCAGCAUGCGUGUUUUCUCUUGGUAAGCUGUUGAUUUGGGGAAGAUUUUGUAACCCAGGCUGGCCUUGAACUUGUGCCUCAUCAUUCCAUCCCUAGGCCAGCAUCCCACCCCACCCCCUUCUUUCCUUUUCUCAUUAUACCAUCUUUCAGAAAUGGCGCCAGAAUGAAUGAAAUACCCUUUUUUUCCCCUUCAAUGGCGAAAUACGUCUGUGUCACAGUAAAUACUGGCUUUGCAUUUGCUUCUUUUUCUUUAAAAACAACUCAUACUCUAAUAAAAUUUAGAUAUUUUAUUGUCAAUAUAAAUGCAGGGCCAUCUUUUAUUUAUGUAGUUGCCAAAUACAAAUUGAAAUGGAGAGAUAAGGGGAUUCUCCCCAUGGAUUCCUCUCAAGUUAAUCUCACGCAUUUGAAGUGGAGGAGCUGUCUAAUGAACAGACCUCUCUUAGGCAGUAGAUCCAGGUUUCACUGUUUGCUAAGGGUAGAUAAAAUGGACGAGUACACGAUGCGAGCAAAUUCUGUUUCUGAUGUUCAUCUAGCGUUUAUAAUGAUUUAUACCGAUUUGUACCUUUGCGAUACAAAGAAAUACCGCCUUAAACUUUCUGAGGAAUAUUGAAAUGUGAUUCUGUUUAUUUUGUUUGUGGGAAAAUUUAAAUGAAAUAUUCAGUUCACAUUUGUUUUAUGUAUAACUCAAAAUGGUAAAAUUGUUUUAAAAACCAACCCCCCAAAAGGGUGAUGAGUGAAAGAAGCUACGUUCCAGAGACAUGACAGAGACAUGCUCUGUCAGAUGCCAGCAUCCCAAGGAUUGAGCAUCCGGAGGUCUGCAAUGCUGAUGCCCAAUCUUGACUAAGACAAACCACUAAAUUAAAGUUGAGUAGCUCUAUGCACAGUGUAUUUGGUGUCGUCUUAACGUUAUUUUAAGUAUUCCCUUUUUACUUAUUUGUGACUUACAAAUCAAGUGCUAUAUGUACCUCCUUAGCUUCUCCCGGUUAAUUCCAGAGCUGUUUUCUGAGAAACAUACAGUGCUCCCUAGAAUGGUUACAACCAACUGAAGAGGAACUUAGACAGUGGUGAUCCUUUCUGGCAGCAAGAUAUCAUGGAUUGCCUUUUGAUUCCUACAGUUGUGUUGAAUGGUUGAUGAUGCAGUGCAUUCUGCUGUAGUGCACACUGUCCUAAAAGUCACUGUUGUAGGGACAAUGACACAAUAAAAAGACCCUGAGGAUUUUUAGUGAAAUUAGGCUAGAAACACAGUAUUCAAAAACAUGAGCAGUGAGUGAACCAGGUCAGACUCAAACGUGUUAAAUGGCUCAGGUGGAAAUAGGUGACCCCAACAACAAAUACAGCACUCUACCCCUGGAAAGAGCAGACCCGUGCCAUGGAAAUGAGCACAGCAAGGGUCACAGCUGUGCUUUAUGUGGGAGAAGUCAGCUGAGAGGAGAGAAGUGACCCAGCUAGGGGUGAAUAUGACUAAGCCCUCCUGGAUCAGAGGUCACUGGUAAGGGUUCAAAGUGUUAUAGGCGUGUUUCAUGGACUCUAAUGAUAGCUGUGGUUUCCCACGUGUUGAAGUCAUGGAUAAGCAAAUGCAGAUUUGCAUUUUGUUCACACAGUCCCAACAUGUGUUGGCUUCCUGGAACAAGCGUGGUUUUAACCAAAUACAACAGCAAUACUGACCCCAAAGGUCAUGUGGGGCCAGAAGGAGUGCCUCCUUCCCAUAUAUUUACUACUUUGGGACAAUGUCCUUUUAAGUAACCGACAUGGAUUACAAAUAACCUCUGUGAUUGAAAAUGUUCUUUCCUCUUAGCGGAUAAUAAAUGUUUAGUUUGAACAUGGACAGCUCAAAGAAUUACUUUUUGUUUUGUCUAUAGUCUUGGAGAAAUAAUACCCAUAAGUACUGUCCUCCCCCACAAAAAGGAUUGAACAGAAGAAAAUCAGAAAAUUAGGAUUUUUUUGGUUCCUGCUUAGUCAGAUAUAAGAAUGUUUGUUAUGCUGUUACUUUAAUUUUGUAACUGUUCUCCAUUUGGUUGACUAGAACGAUGAACACAGGAUUUUCAAGGUUUAUUAACAGUCUAAAGAAAUAUAUUUUCAUAGUUGCAUAUCUGCAGACCGGACAGUUUGAACCCAUGUCAUUAGGUUAGUAGAACAUUAGUACUGAAAGUAAUCUACCCCAAAUCUUACAUAGUAUACACUGAGAUGUUUUUACAAAAGUCUCUGAAUCUGGUGUUCCUGAAGCACGUUGUUUUCAAUAUAGUUUUGGAUGUUUAGUAAUGAUGUUGCUAUGCUUGGAAUGUGUGACAAUCACAUACAAGCUCACAUGUUUGAAUAAAUUGCUCUCUCGUGGCUAUUUUGGGAGGUUGUGCUUCUGUCAGGUCUAGUUGGAGGAAGUGGGGUGCUAGGGAUCAGGACUUGCCCUGCAUUGUUCGAAUUUCUCUACUCCUUGCCGGCUGUCACAAAACAAGCAGCUUCCUUGUGCUCCUGUGCCAUCAAGCCACCCACCAUGAGGAACUGUGUCCUCUCAAACUGGGAAACAAAGUAAAGCUCAUCCCUGUUUGUUUCCUGUCAGGAAUGUUAGGAAUGUAUUCACAGUAUGGAGGCGAAUUACAGAACCUAGAGGUGAAGGCACCAGGCUGCAGUCUGCUGUGUUGAAUCCAGGUAUGAGGAAAGUGUAGCACUCCUAAAUGGUGUGAGGAAUGUAUACACCAUAGGUACUUCAUGAAAAGAUGCAUUCUAGUCCAAACUGGCUUGCCAGCAGUCCAUCCCCUAUUGCUCACCAACAGUUCAUGAUGCCCCAUCUCCAAUAUCCAUCACUAGGCAUAAUCUAGGCAGGCCGGCUGUCCUUAUUGGCUCCCAGAGACGUAUCCACCUGCCUUAUUUGGAAGCUUCACAUCACAUUCAUUACUUGGUCCAUUUGAUGAUUGUGAAUGAUUGGCAGCCUGUCUUAUGUGAUUGGAGUACGAAGGUUGAGCCAAAGAAACCUUGACAGUUAAUCUCUACUUUUGGGUUUCUACACACAUGAGAGAAAACAUGAUGUUCUGCGUCUAGCUUAUUUUGCUUUACCAUACUCUCCAGAAGCUCAUUUUCCUGCAAACAACAUGCUUAUAUUCUUAAUUGGACAGACCUCUCUAUAGAAUGUUUAUCCAUUCAUGUGUUGACUGGCCUCUGGUCAGUGGACACCUGGCUGAUUCCAUAGCGUUCAUGACUAUUGUGAACAGUGACUUGGUUGCAUUUUACCUCAGGCAGAAUGGCUAUGAGAGUCAUAUCAAGUGUUAAAAGUAUGGCAGGGCAGAAGGAGUCUUUAUCCAUUUCUAGUUGGGAAUAUAAAUUGAUCCAGCCAUUAUGGAAACCAAUAUGGAGGUUCCCUAGUAAAUUCAAAAUAGCAGUACCAUUUAAUCCAACUCUUCCACUCCUGGAUAUGGAGAUAUAUAUUUAUAUAUCUCCAUCCCUCCAGAAGAAUCAAGUCACGUAGUUGAUAUAUCUGUGCACGCAUGUUUAUAAUGGAAGCUGCUCACAAUAACUUCGUGAAUCAACAUGUGGCUUAGAAGCGCCAUGGUAAGCUAGCUCCCACUCUGCCCUUAGUCUAACUCAGAAUCGGGAGAAAUACAGAAACACACACACACACACACACACACACACACACAAUUUACCAGAAAAACAUGACUUCUUGCAUUGAAAAGUUUUACAUAUAAGCCCAUGGAAGCCAUACAUAUUGAAUACCCUUGGAGUGAAAGGGUGUUGCAAGCCUCUUGACCUGGGCCAAGUGAACUUAAUCAGGUCCUCUAGCUGCAGAGCCAUCUCUCCAGCCCCUGGUGUUUAGUUUCUUGAACACUCACAUCUAACAUCAUUGUCCUGCAUUUCCUACACGUAACCACUGGGCCCCCAGGGAGUGCACCACCCUCUCUAUAGCUAGGGACAACCAGUGCCAACAUUAUCUGAAGUGGGGAGGUAGAUUUUGUUCAGAAGCCACUACAGUAGCUGCAGACAUGGCCUAUAGGUUGGGAGAAUGGGAAGUAGUCAGUGGAUGAUAAAUUACUAAGAGAAGGCUUCAAAGGUAGGGAGAACUCUGGGAAGUCCAGACUGGAAUGGUCCUCUGCCUAAGGGGGCAAUUGUCUCUAAACCAACUCAGUAGGGAUUGUUCUUUUAUUUAUAGAUUUGUUAUUUUUUAAAUUGUGUACAUGUUGACCUACAUGCCAGGUACCCAUGGAUGCCAGAAUAGAGUGUUGGAUCUCCCAAAACUAGAGUUCUAGGCAGUUCCAGUUCUAGGGAACGGAACCAAGGUCUGUGACAAUAACAACAAUAGGUGAGCUUCAACACUGAGCUCUCUCUCAUGCCCCCACAACAGUCUUUCAAACUGGCCUAUUUAGGCCAACAGGAUCUGGUCCAGGUCAAGGAUUUAUGAAGACAAUGGUGAGAACACCUGGCUAAAGACUGAUCAGGGAGAGUCUGUUCUUCCUUUUACUCAUUACCUCACUCCAUACAGCUCUGCUUUCUACUUAAGUGAGAACCGACCCAGAACUGCAUUGCCCAUUUGGACCACUGGCCGUUUGUAAUGACUUAAUGUCAUUGUAGAACUGAGCUUAAGUCCUAGUUUGAAUUCAGAAAAUUUAGAAAAAAUAAUAUAGAUUGGUGGGCUUCAUUUGAACUUACUACUAAAGAAACUGAUUAUAUAGACCGGUUGCUGUUUUAAUAGGACUUUAUUUCGCUGUCGUCACUCCAUCAAAUAAGCUAGCAUUGGGUGUGUGUGUGUGUGUGUGUGUGUGUGUGUGCGUGCGCGCUCGCGCGUGCUUUAUGCUUUGUGAAAGGGCUACUACAAAACUGAAUCAUGACUCAUUUUCUGGUCUAGGGGUUUUUUCAUGCUGGGGGUGGAACUCUGCACCUUUGAUAGAGAAAGACCUAAAGAGGCUUUACAUGGAUUGGUGCAUUUGACAAAAUCUGAUGGAGACACGGAAUAGAAUUUGUUAGGAGGUUGUUCUCCUUUUGCGCAUCUUGUAGGCAGAGGCGCUAAUUUUGGGAGCAAACAGCAAAUCCUCUUGCAGUCUUGGAAGAUGUGGUUAGUGUUUCCACACAGCCAGAGGCAGGCAGGUUUGCCAACAUAAAAAGACUGGAAACCCUAAGCUUAGGUUCCUGGCCUUUCUGUCGCCCGUUGCAUGCACAUGUGCUGCCUGGCCAUCCUACCUCUCUUGUGCCCAAAAGGAGAUGCCAAUAUAUUGGCUACUGCUGAUGCUGUGAAUGUCCUCAAGCUGUGCCUGAGUAUCAUCUGUUACUGUUUGAAGAACUAAGCUUUAUUUUGCAAGUAGAAUGGUCUCGGACCCUUUAUAGGUCUUGUCAGUGUGUUGGGUAAUGAUAGUAAAAUCAAGAAAUCAUUCCCUAUGUGACAGGAUUUACCAUGCUCUCGACUAAACUUUUUCCAGAAUGGAAUUGGAUGCCUGUGGCUUUUGCAGCAUUGGAAGGAAGGUUUUUUGUUUUUUGCCUAAUCUUGCUGCACCCAUUUCUGAUUGUACUGUGUCUGUGUCAGUGACCAGAUGCUCCUGAGAGCAAGACUGUACUGGUUGACUGCGGCAUCCUCUGUGCUGUACUGUAUGCACCUGCAUUCUUCAGUGGCUUCCUGCACUUUACUUUUCCUAGGCCUAGGUUUGAACAUCCACAAAAUAAGAGGAUCAUGUCCCUUAAUGUCCAGGUGCAUUACCUCCAAGUGACAGAGGGAAGGCACCCAUUGUUGAUCUCUGGCCACCAUAUGCCCAUACACAGGGGAGCACAUCUGCACAUACACAUGUGCACACAUACAUAUAACAGGCACACAGAGAGACACAGUGUGUUUAUCCAACAGUCCCCUCUCCAUUAACUUGACCUCUCAAGUAUACUAAUGGAAUCUUCUUCCUCUGCUAUAUUAAGGGCCUUUAUCAUCUUCUAGAAUUCACUUAAUAAAUGUUGAAGGUCAUUGCCCUUUUCAAUGUGCAGGCAAGGCAGAGUUUACAGAGAGCUCUUUCACAGUCAGUGCCCUGGAAGAAACAUUAAUAUACAUUCAUAUUUAUAUGAACACACUUGCAAGGAAGAAUUGAUUAGAACUAAGGGAAGAGGCUGGGAAACAGUUUAGUAGACAAAGGGGUUGCUAUGCAAAAGUGAGGGCUGGAGUUUGGAUUCCUAGCACCCGUGUAUAGCCAGACAUGGCUGCAUGCCACACUGUGACUGGGCAGGCAGAGACACUCAGAUCGUGGAGACUUGCAAGCCAGUAGCCUGAGCUCUGUAUUCAGUGAGUAAUUCCUGUUUCAAAAAAUAAGGUGGGGAACAACAGGGGUGAACACCUGAUCUCUACCUUUGACCUGUACAGGCAUACACAGAAUGAGCAGACAGGCAGCCUGAGGGGGCAGACAUAGGACAUAAGUCCCUCCUACUGUCAUUACACCUAGGCCAGCUGAGAGCAGCAAGUGCAUACAACUUCAAUCAAGCCAGACAUGAGAGAUAGACUGACAGAGUUGUACCAGGUCCGGCAGCAGAACUCAGAUGUAAAUAGAAUAAACUCCCAUAUCUUUCUGCCUUCUGAUCACCUGACACUCCUCUCACUGGCUGAGCCAAGUUGCCACACAAUGACAGGAGCCUUACAGGAGGCAACUGGUGAUGAAGGGGCAUGGUAGAGACAUGCUUGGAUGGUAGCAUGCAGUAAUGGUGAAAAUUGAUUUGGCACCUGCAAAAAAUAUUAAAUGUUCCCUCUGGGAAGUGUAUUAAUAUGCAUACAUUGUGAAAAGCCAGGCAUGUUGUAGAUACUUUCCAGCAAAGUCACUUGAUAUGUGCAUUGCUAUAAUUUAUUUAAAAAUACUGAUUUUAAAUUAUCAGUAGGUGGUGCUGCUGAGAUUUAAAUGGAAAGAGUGUAAAAUGAAGCAUCACGCUGAGCUUACUUAGGCUACAGACAAGCUGUGGGGAAGAACUUCGUUCACGGCUCAUUUAACUUCUGGCCAGUGUUUUACAGUGUAGCAUUUGAAAAGCAUUGACUUUUAGAAUUUUGAUUUACUUAAUAUGUAGAAUAUUCUAAAUUCAUCCAGCAAUUUGAACAAUAGUGACUUAGAUGCGUGUCUGCAGAAUCAGAUGCAGCACAUUAUUGAACACUGGUAGUUUUCUAACAUACUGUAUUGUGGGUAUCUUCUUGAUGUCUUACUCAGACAAAUCCAAUCAAUGAAUAUAUACAUAUAUAUACACACACAAAUGCAUAUACACAUACACAUACAUAUACAUAUACACAUAUAUACACAUAUACACAUACACAUACAUACACAUAUCUCAGUUUGAGUUUCCUGAAGAAAAUAAUUACAUGCAUGGAAUUUCCGAGCUUUGCCAUCUGGCAGUAUCACAAGUACCAUUUCUUUGUCAAGUCUCAAGAUAAUAGAGAAAAUACUAGAUAGAAAAUACUAUACACCCCUAUAAAUGAAAACUGUGCCCAUAAAAAUCACAGUUUUACAAAACAUUGAGCCUGGUAGAGACUUUUCAGGAUGCUGAAGUUCUGGUUUUGAAAAUUACGCCGCAGAAAUUCCUGAUAAAACAUUUGAAGACUGUGGUUUGGUGAGCCUGGAAUGAGGCUGGAGUGCUGCAUUGAUAAGUGUCUCAAUAAUCCACAGAAUUAAUAAGUGUUCUGAUAAUACACAGAAGACAUUAGUCUUGGAAACCCUGGCCCUAUUCAGCCUCCUCUCUUUGAACUCGAUCUCCUCAUCCACUCUGCCUAAGGCUUAACAGUCUUCUUCGUGAAAGCAAAGCCAUGGGUCCCUGAGAGAGAAAUCCCUUUGAUCCUGCCUAUGUAGCUUAUCUUAAGAAUCAAUUUAAAACUCCAGCUAGAUCUCAAGGUUUCUCCAGUUCCACUGCUGGAGCCUUAGGUUUUAUCAUUCCAGACAGAGGUUGUAGAAAUGGACAGGCUUUACAGAUUAUAUUCUCGAACAAUGAGAAAAUUAAAACCAAAGCAACCUAAGUGGUUUCCUUUAAGUGUGUAUAUUCCUCAAGAUAAAUAGUACAGAGGGGUUGGGGAUUUAGCUCAGUGGUAGAGCGCUUGCCUAGCAAGCACAAGGCCCUGGGUUCGGUCCCCAGCUCCGAUAAAAAGAAGAAAAAAAAAGAUAAAUAGUACAACAAUUAUUGAAGUCAAUAUUCAAACCAGUACCUUACAUGGUACAGCUACUAGAAAUUUCCAGGAAUAAGAGAUCAUCAAAGAUGCUGGUAAUCUGUUAAGACAUAGUUCUUUCAUCCCAAAGACAUGGCCUCCUGCUGUUAGAGCGUAAUUUAGAACCAGCAGGCAUCAUUCUUACAACCCAGUGAUGACUUAGAAGGACUCACCUCAAAAGUUGCCAAAACCUUCUUUAGCGUCAGCAGGCUUGGAUCCUACAAGAAACUGGGUUUGUCCAGUCACUCAAAACUAUUUUUCAUCUUAUGUUUUAAAGUAUUUUAUUUAUUUACAUCCCAACCCCUCAUUCUGUCCCCCUUCCCAUAGUUCCUCAUCACACCUACCCCCAUGCCUCUGAAAGGGGAUUCCUUCUCUUCCCACCACUAUUAGGCACCCCCUUACCUGGAGCCUCAAAUCUCUCCAGGAUUAGCUGCAUCUUCUCCCACUGAGGCCAGACCAGGCAGACCUCUGCUGUAUACGUGUCGGGGGUCUCAGACCAGCCUGUGUAGGCUGCCCAGUUGGUGGCUCAGUCUCUAGGAGCUCCCAGGGGUCCGGGUCAGUUGAGCCUGCUGGUCUUCCUAUAUGGACAAGCUCCCCUUCAGCUUUUUCCAGCCUUUUCCUAAUUCAACCACAGGGGGCCCUGACCAGUCCAAUGGUUGGGUUUAAGUAUCUGUGUCUGUCUGUCAGCUGCUUGUUGGGCCUCUCAAAGGAUGGUCAUGAUAGGCUCCUGUCUGUAAGCACAACAUAGCACCAGUAAUAGUGUCAGUCCUUGGAGACUCCCCCUUAAGAUGAAUCCCAAGUUGGACCAGUCACUGGACCUCCUUUCCCUCACUCUCUUCUCCAUUUUUUUUCCUGUAGUUCUCUUAGACAGGAACAAUUGUGGGUCACAAAUUUUGACUGUGGGUUGAUCACCCUGUCUCUCCACUUGAGGCCCUGUCUGUCUAUUGGAGGUAGACUGCAAAAGUUCCCUCUCCCUACUGUUGGGCAUUCUGGCUAAGGUCACCCUCAUUGAAUCCUGAAAGUCUCACCUCCCAGGUCUCUGGAACUUUCUAGAGGUUCCCAUCCCCACCCCUCACCCCCGAGGCUGCAUAUUUCCCCUGGGCUUCUCUCAUGCUCCCCCCUACCUGAUCUUUUCCCCCUUUUCUCCCCCCUCCUGCCCUCUCCCACCCAGAUUCCUCCCUCCCUCUGCCUCCCAUGUUUAUUUUGUCCCCCUUCUGAGUGGAAUUGAGGCAUCCUCACUUGGACCUUUCUGCGUUUGAAACUUCUUAUGAUCUAUGGGCUGUAUCCUAGCAAAAGACGCCAUCAUUAGGAUAAAUCAGUAACAUACAGAUUAAUCUUCACUAACCCUCCAUUUGGCAGAGAGCUAAUACCCAAAAUAUAUAAAGAACUCAAGAAGUUAACCCACAACAAAACCCAAAUAACCCAAUUAAAUAAUGGGGUACAGAGCUAAACAGAAUUCGAAACAGAAGAAUCUCAAAUGGCUGAGAAGCACUUAAAGGAAUGUUCAAAGUCUUCAGUCAUCAUGAUACGGAGGUGGGAGUGAUGUGGAUGUGGGGAGCACCCUCAUAGAAGUAGGGGGAGGAGAGAUGGGAUAGAGGGUUUAUGUAGGGGAAACCUGGAAGGGGGACAGCAUUUGAAGUGUAAAUAAAUAAAAUAACCAAUAGAAAAAGUUAAUCUAAAGAUAUGAGUCUUAUAGAAAGAAGAUAAAGAGAUCAAGUUUCACCUAUAUAUGUAAACCUGGCACACUGAUGUCAGUGGACGUUGGCUGAGAUAACUCAGAGCCACUCCCCAAAGACCUCUUCCUCUUCACCUUAUCAGACAAACCCUAUUUCUUACCCUUUAACAUCCUUCAAAUACUCUGAGGAUCAAGGCUUCCGUCCCGACUCUGAUUAGGGAAUUGAAGCAUCUUCAUUUGGUUCUUCCUUCUGGUUAUAGCCUGUGGGUGGUAGCCUGCAUACUCUGUACAUUUUGGCUAAUAGCCACUAAUCAGUGAGUAAUUGCUAUGCAUAUUCUGUGGGGUCUGAGUUACCUCACUCAGGAUAUUAUCUAGCUCCCUCCAUUUGCCUGUAUAUUCAUGAUGUCCUUGUUUUUAGUGCUUUGAUAAUAUUCCAUUGUGGAAAUGAACCACAUUUUCUGUAUCCAUUCUUUGGUUGUGGGGUACCUGGGUGGCUUAUAGCUUCUGGCUAUUACAAAUAAGGCUGCUAUGAACAUGGUGGAGCACGUACGUGUCCCUAUUUCAUGAUCUGGAGCAGCCAUUCUCUGCAGCGGUGUGGGGUUAACAUGGCAGGAUGGGAAGGUCUUGUUUUAGUUGUCUCCUUUAAGUCCUGUGGCAUUGAGAGAGGAGACUAUUUAAAAAUCUUUCUUUGCAUUUCGUUGGCCUCAGGAAGAGUCCAUCAGGAAAGGGCCUCCCAUGGGAAUAUGGCGUUGUGCUGGCUUUUACACAAAGGCUUAAGUUAUUUGCUACCUGGACAGUUAUACGUGAUCGUACACUAAAUUUAGGAUAGUGUGAACUCUGAGAGUGUAACUUGGGCUUAGGGCAGAGGGCGCGUCGGGUCAUAAGCUUAUUGAGACGACUUCUAGUGAUUUAUUUGGUCACACCUGCUUACGAGGCUCAGCAAGCUUUAGAAAUUGUAAAUUAGGCCCAGGACCAUGUUUCCACCUCCUCCCCAGACUCUCUGCAGAUCCAGCUCGAUCCCGCGAGAAGCGUCGCUGUUACCAGCUCCGGACUCUGUGCCCCUCGACACCAUGUGAUCUCAGGAAGCAAACUCCAGACGUACCAGAACAUUCUUGGCAGUUUGUCCGUUCCAUUUCACAGACCCUCUGCCGAAAACAAUGUAUGAACCUCUAGAUUGCAAAUGCUCUCGCUAACGAUUUUUAGAGACUUUCAGUUUUUGACUUCCUGCCUGCAGGAAGGAAAUGGCAGUUGGCAGUGUGGACAACAGGUGUUCCUCUGGACGGAAUGAUAUCUUCUGCUUACUAAAAUAAAAAGCUCUGCAUCAACAGUCCUAUGUGGAAGUGAAUUCAGAACCACAGGGGCCAGUCAUUCCAGCACAGAUCCAGCUUCAGAAACCAAAUGUGUUCUCUGUCAGGAAGUUCUGACGACCGCCGGCCUGACAGGCAAGUGCAGGCUGAGGCACAGGCCUCUCCGAUCAGUUUUGGACUUUUUCAAGUAAAGCAUUUGAGCGGUUCGAAAAUGGCCUUUAUGUUUCGGUGCAGUGGCAUGGCAGAUUGUCAGGGAACUUAGGAGGGGAAGCAUCGGGACUGAAGUACGCAGCCCUCUGUUGGAGGGUAAAUGGUUAGCAAAGUCCUCUUGCAACUCCCCAAUGAUUGUGCCUCCAAAUCUAACCCUUGGCAUUGUUUCGUCCUGGUUGUUAGCGUGAUGGUGUUCUUUUCUUCAGCCCAGUGAGCUGGUUGCUCGAUCAGUCAUUCCCUGCCUGCCAUUCUAUUAAUUAGAGUUAGAGCAAAUGAGACACUAGGAGAUGAAGGCUGAAAUCACUGGAGCUUCUGUCUUGGGCCAGACAAGCGCCAGGCAGUUCUCUCCCAAACACCUCUGUUAGUGCUCAUGUCUGUUUUUGAGGGCACACAUGUUGGAAAAAAUUUGGGAGACACCGUAGCACUGGCAUCUACAAAACUUUUGUUAGUGUCUGGAAAAGACCAGAAACAUUGCCUAACACCAAGCAUGAAAUUAGUUGUGUAAGACCCACCCCCCUUCCUCGUCCCACCUACGCCCCAACCCACUACUUUGUCUUCCCUCUCUGGCCUUGGGACUCUAAAGAGCUAUGUGAUGAGGGAAGGAGACAUAGGAAGAGUGAGUAUGAUUGAGCACAUAAGUAAACCUGUGUGCUGAAUGAGUGUGCCGAUCACACAGGACAGAUGGUUCUCGAUCGCUAUCUCCUGCAGUGUGAGAAGCAGCAUUCCCUUGGAAAAAGAGAGGCCUUAGCCAUGACUGGGGGCUGUGCCUUCUGCAGCUGCUCUGUGCUCCCCAUCCCUCCCACGAAUGUGUGUUAAGAGCUUGUUCUGUGCUGGGCACUGUGCUGAGAAAUGAUGAGUCAAGGCUUAGGGCAGAUGUUUCCUGCUUUCAAGGAGUAUAUGGGCUUCCUGGAGAUCCAGCAGGCAAACCAGGAUAUAGAUAGCUGUAACUGCGAGCAGAGACGGUUUCCAAAAGCUUUUGGCACGAAGGAGGUAAUGCCACAUCCUACUUGGGAAAGGUGCCUAGAGGAAGGUUGGGCAGGAGGAAGCACUUGAGGUGGGCGCUGCUGCAGGAUGGCUGUGACGAGUCUCGAGGCUUCUUCAAGAGCCUGACACAGCGACCCAGCUUGAUGGGGAGAUGGUUUCCAUGCCUUUGUCCUGCUUGAUGUUUGUGGCUGUGUGGCUUUUUGCUUGUGUUUAGUUUUUCCACUCAGAGGUUAAGUGGAAGUGAAAUGUGUUUGUCUAGCUUCUGCCCAAGGGAAAGUGAGGAAUGUAAAUUGAUAAAUGAAAGUGCAUAUAUAUAUAUAGAUAUGUGUGUGUACAUAUAUAUAUACAUAUACAUACAUAUGUAUAUAUACACAUAUAUGAACACAUAUGCACACAUAUAUAUGCACACACAUAUAUGUGCACAUACAUAUGCACAUAUAUAAUAAACUUUUAAUGUAAUUGCAAUAAUUAUUUUAAAGUUACUUUUGUUUUCUCUGUAUGAGUGUUCGGCUGUAAUGUAUACUAGGGCAGCACACGCAUAUUUUGUUCCCUUGGGGACCAGAAGAGAGUGUCAAAACCCCUGAAACUGGAUUGCUGUAAGUCAUGUGGGUGCUGAGAAUCCAACCUGCGUUCUUCACAAGAUCAGCAAGUGCUCCUAACUGUUGGGCCAUCUCUCCAGCCCACUUGCAGUGAUUUUAAAAUACAUUUUUCUUACUCUAAAAUUGCUUUCCAAUCUUUUAGAACCAUUUAGAUGAUGACAAAACUAGUGAAAAGGGUGUUUUUUUUUUGUUGUUGUUGUUUGUUUUUGUUUUUAAAUCUCCCUCCUAUACUGCUCUCCCCCAUUUUCUAGACACAACACUGUCAGUUUGAUGGGUAUCUUUCUGAAUUUUAAAUUUAUAUGAAUAUCUAAAACUACAACAAUUUAAUAUAGAAAUGAGGUUGUGUCCCCGAGAGUUAACCCCAGUCUCUGCGCCUUACUGCUUCCUUCUCCUCUUAGCUCUCAAGACCCCACACGCUAUUACAACCGUUUUCAGAAGAGAUGGUUUUCCAUUCCCUCAGGCAAAGACAAUGCUGCCCCAGUACUUAGAGCCUGCUCUGAGUCAGGAGAAAGAGCAGUAGAGGUCCAGCUCAAAGAACAGCCUUGCACUUUCUACAUUUCUUCUCAGUGUUGUGUUUUCUUCGGAAUCAUCAGUCUUUGUACAUGUCAGUUCUGAAGGUUUUUUUUUUUUUCAUUACACCUAAGCCUUAUUUUUUCUUAAUGCUCACAGUAAGCAGUGGUGUGUGUGUGUGUGUGUGUGUGUGUGUGUGUGUGUGUAUGCGCGCGCGUGCGUGCGCGCAUAAGCAGUGCACAAUGUACAUGUGGACAUACAAGCAGAGCACAGUGAGCCCCUCUUGUAAGGGUUCAUAUGAGCAGUUGAGGCAGCACCAGUGUGGGUGUUUCUCGGUCUGCUUACUAUCCUCGUCAUCCCACUCUCUGGGUGGACAUCAUCCUUCCACUGAUUCUUCUGCUCCCUCUGCAUCUGGCUUCGGCUUGUAAGUCGUCCAUCGCAUAGUUACUGUCUUAGCUAAUUCCUCUGUGGCAGUGAUAAAUACACUGGCUGAAACAGCUUACAGGGGAAGGGUUUAUUUUGGCUCACGAUUUGAGGAUAUCGUCCAUCACGGAUGGGAAGCUAUAGAAGCAGGACUUGAGACAGCGGUCACAUUCCAUUCACAAUCAGGAAGCAGAAAGAGAGGGGACGGCUUGUGGUCAGCUGGCUUUCUCAUUGGACUCAGUCUGGGACCCUGGGUGGCAUGGCACACAGUAGGAAGGUUUCUCCACCUCUUUCAGCUUAAUUGAGAUAAGCUGUUUGUCAUAGUCAGGGGUUUUUAUUGCUGUGAAGCAAAAGCGUGACCACGGCUAUUGGUUCUUAUAAAGAAAAGCAUUUAGUUGGGACUGGCUUACAGGUUCAGAGGUUUAGUCUGUAUUAUGACUAGAAGUGUGGCAGCACGCAGGUAGACAUGGUGCUGGAGAGGGAAGCAAGAGUUCUACAUCUGGAUUGGCAGGCAUCAGGAAGAGAGAGAGAGCCACUGGGCUUGGCUUGGGCAUUUGAAACCCCAAAACCUACUCCCAUGGAUACACUUCCUCCAACAGGGGCACACCUAUUCCAAUAAGGUCACACCCCCUAAUGCCACUGCCUAAGCAUUCAAAUGACUGUAUGGGGGACAUUCUUAUUCAAACCACCACACCAAUAUAGGCGUGGCCAGAGGCUAAUCAUCUAGACAAUCUCACAUAGCUAUGCCCAGAGUUUUAUCCCCUUGGUUAUUCUAGAUCCUGUCAAAUUGAUAAUCAAUUUAACCAUCACAGUUACAAACUAAUUGACCAUGUGUCAGGGGUAGCUUGAAUAGAUACAGUUAGUUAAACUUGUUUUAAUUCUGACUAAGAAUAAUGGCCCUUGUAGCUUACCCGAUCCUUCCUAUGCUGGUUUGGUUUUUGUCAGCCAGGGAACAGAGUCGCCCAUCAAUUGAGAAAAUGUGUUCAUCAAAUCAGUCUGUAGGGGGUAAGUCCUUACAUGGCUUCCAGGGAUUGGCUUGACCAGGGUAGCCAAGGAAAGAAACAAUGAUAGACGUAUGAACUCAAGGACAUAGAACAGCUGCAAUCAGUUGGACUGGGGUCUCUGAAGGAGAAACCACGGCACCCAGGGAGCUCAGUGUGUUUAGCAGAUGCACUGGAAUAGGAAGGCAGGAUUAUUGCAUAUGGCUGAAUAAAAGUAGGAGCAGACUCUGUAGGAAAGCAGUCUUCAGGCUGUAAACAUCUGGGUCAGUCAUGGCAUAGAAGCUAUGGUGGGCAUUCUCUGCACACACUGGCAGCAUCCACAUAUGGACCAGACGUGCUUAGAUAUUUCUCUGAGCCUAACCCUUUGCCGUUUGCCCGUGGAUCUGAGGCUAUGGUCUUUGCUGUAACCGUGGCCAUGUCAAUAACAUAUUUACUCAGGCCUUUACAUACUCAGGGCUUCCACUGCUCCUCAUAGGUAGACAAGGCGGUGGGGGCAUUGUUUGGAUUAAUGACUGAUAUGGGAAAGUCUGGCCCAUUGUGGGUGAUGCCAGCCCUGGGCAAGUGGUCACGAGAACAAACUAUGGCCUGGAGCCCAAGCCAAUAAGCAGCAUUCCCCCAUGGCCUCUGCUUCAGUUCCUUCCUCCAGAUUCCUUGCCUGGAGUUCCUGCCCCGACUUCCCCUCAAGAUGAAUUGUAAGCUGUAAGAUGAGAGACCUCUCCCCCACAAGUUUGUUAGUGUUCUAGCAUAGCAACAGAAGCAAAUUAGAACACUCCUCAUGUUUCUUAGUUAACAUUCCCGAGAGAAAAAGUCUGACGGGCCGAUGGGACUUCAGGUCUUUGGUAGAUUGCCGGAUGUUCCACAGCCCUGUGUCCUUCGUUCAGGAGGAUGUGACUGAAGAAGGGUGGAGGAAUUAGACAAGCAGUUUUUCCCAGCCUGGAUCUGUCCCGCAUGUUCUAUAAAAAUUUCCAGGUUCCAUUAUGCAUUUGGAAUCAUUUCCCAGAGGGGGAUGGCAGAGAUUUGCAUACAUUACAUAUUCAGUGGAUAUGUAAAUUAGCCAACGUUUAUUCACGCAGUACUGGGCUCUCAGAGAGCAGGAAUGACAGUUGGAGAGAUGGCUUAGGGGUUAAGAAUACGGCUCUUGCAGAGAAAACAAGUUCAGCUCCCGGCACCCCUGUCUGCUGGCCCAUAAUUGUCUGUACUCCUUCACACAAAUAGAGAUUUAAGAAAACAUCAAGCCCUGGCAGGGGUGGCACACAUCUUUAAUCUCAGCGCUUGGGAGGCAGAGGCAGGCAGGUCCCUGUGAGUUCGAGGCCAGUCUGAUUUACAGAGCGAGUUCCAGGAUGUCCAAGGUUACACGAAGAAAUCCGGUCCUGAAAAGCCAAAAUUAAUUAAUUAAUUAAAAGAAGAGGGAAAAUCGCUUUUUUUUUGUAUUGCUGUUCAUGUCAGUGCUCGCUCUCCACAUAGGGGACAUUGAUUUUAUGAGGACUCAGUGGGCUAUUCUGAUGUCACCUUCCCCUGGACCUACCCUGCUGGCUCUGCUGACCACGGCAGCUCUCUAGCUCUCUCUCUGCAGUGUCUCCAACAUCCCUCGUUCCUCUCGCUCAUCCUUCUUAUCUUCCCUUUCUCAUGGCAAAGACAAAGCUGUCCCACCCUUCAGCUUCGACGUAGCGUGGAGUUUAUAUCUCUGGCCUUUGCUCUCCGCUGUGCUGCUGUUGACAGGUUUGUUCUUUCUAUUGGACUGUGAACACUCUCAGAGCAAGAAGCUCUGUCGUUCAUCUUCGCCCCAGAAUACCUAGUAAGAGGAUCGCCAUGGUGCCCCAGAUCAGUCUUAUGAAGGAAGUGUUGUCCAUGGAUAUAUAUGUAUGUUAGGUAUUUCAUGUGAUUUUUGGGCAAGAUGAGUUGCUCUGAGUAUGCAAAUCCUGGUCACCGGUUUCUAUUAAUUCUGUGACAGUUUCCUGGCCAGCGAGCAAAGAACAGUGUAAAUUCGUGCUGCACACCAAUCUGUGACUAAUGAAUGAAGACCUUGGCAGGAGAAAUCCCGGUUAGAAGGCUGAAAAACUCAAUCCAAACUUCUUUUCUCAGAACGUUGAAGGAUUGUAAAGAGUAGUUUUGAAGAUGAAGACUCGGAGGGAGAGUGCCUCUCUGCGUGAGCUUACUUACAUAUAAAAGGGGGACCGAAAGGUGUAAUCUAGUAAAUGAAACAUUUUUUAACUCUAGAAUUACAUUAUUGUAAGUGGUUCUAUAUCGUAAGGGCUGUGACUCUUGUGCAUAUUUACCCAGAAGCAUUGCAUUUGAAAAAGCAACAAACAACAGCUCCUCAAACAAAACCUCUGUUUUUUUUUGUUUUUUGGGUUUUUUUGUUUGUUUGUUUGUUUCUGUUUUUGUUUUCACCGGUGUUUCAUGCUUGAGAGUUCAUCUGACGUCUAGUAGGGCAUGCGUAAAUACAUUUAGUGGUCACUCCUCCAGAGGUUCUGUUUCUUUAAGAGAACUAUGACUGUUAACUCAGAUCAUUGAACCAUAUGAGGGUCAAUAAAAGAAUAAAAUCCCUGGUUAGCGAUUCGAGUACAAGGAACUUGAUCCCAGUGUGUGUUUAUAUGCUGCUCACUGUGACCAGGGGAGUGCCAGGUCCUCGGCUGCUACCUGCUUGCUUCUCAGGAUGGCUUCUGGCAAAAUAAUCAAGCUGGUGGUUUUUGAGCUGCUUGAGUUUGCUGCCUUCUCCGUUCCUACCCUUGUGAUAAUGGAACAGUUUGCGACUGCCUAUCAGGGAACAAAGAACGGGUCUGAAAGGACUCACUAUUGGCUCAUUGUUUCCUGCUCCAUCGCCUAUGUGGCUGGAGUGAGUCUCUUGAUCUGGGUUCCAAUAAAAGUGGUCCUAUACAAGAAACGGCAUCUUUACAAGAAAAUCAUAGGAUGGCGACCUGUUCUGGUGAUGUGUGUCGUGCUCACGACCCUUCCCAGCUUCAGCUUCUCCAUCGCAGUGACCGAGGUUCAAAAGAACAUCAACGGCUCGGCUAAUUUGCUGUCUGAUUCCUUACCUGAUCUGCCAGUAUCUCUGGUUCUGUUGUCCCUGAUCGUGGUUGACAUUAUUGAAAAACUCAGGAUAUAUCCUCUCAGAGGGAGUCAAAUGGGUUAUGAAAACAAUGACAUCUGUGUGACCUCGUUGCAACAGAUAAAAACGGUGACAGAACAGGUGGUUCGGAGUGACGAAAACCCUGCUUCUGCCCAGGCAGCCAAGCCCAAUGUGAUGCCCCAGCCCCGGAACCAAGUGACUGUGCUGGCCGGACCCAUGGAGCCCUCCUUUCAGUCUGGAAUCCUGAGGACGAUGUCUCAAAGAGAUGUUCGGGCAGAGCUCUUCCUGCGAAGCUUUCUCAUGUGGUCUGACACUGUUGAAAUGGUGCGUGUGGCUGGGCACCCAGCGGUGUUCAAGUCAGGCUGGUUGUACCCCGUCUACAUAUUCAGUUUCAUCUCUCUCCUGCGAAUGGUCUUCACGCCUAAAAACCCUCUCCUCAGUUCCCUGGGGAUCCUGAUGCAAGAUCUGCCCUUUAUUUUUCUCAGACUCAGUUUAAUCAUUGCCCUGGGGACAAUCACGCCAGUACUGGGCCUUUGUAAAAAUGUCCUAGUGACUAUGUCAUAUAUUUACUUCAAUUAUGUCACCAAACUCAGGCCUUUCUCUGCCUUUGAAACCUCUCCAUUUUAAACAGCAAACGUUAAGGUUCUAAGUCCUCCUGAUUAUGCUCGUGGACACAUUUGUAAAGUUUGUCUGGGUAUAAACUUUUAUGGUUUAACCAUUUCCAUCCUAUAUGAUAGCUUUUAAAAAAAGAUAUAUAUAUACAUAUAUAUACAUAUAUACACAUUUAUAUAUAUAUAUAUAUAUAUAUAUAAAUGGUGCUACAUUUUAAAAAAAUUACAUUUCUUCAGGUUGCCUCUUCCAGGCUUCCAGAAAGCUUAGUUGUUAAAUUUAGACAUGCAAAUUCCACUUUAGGUGAAAAAUCAGUCCUUAAUGAAGCCUUUUUGAAAUGGCGGGAGCCGUGAGCGGUAGCUUAAGGAUGAGAAUUUUAUCUCCAGUCCAUUCCAGAACAUUUUGUGGCUUAAUUAUUCAAAGUCAGUUUUAGAAAAUAACUUGGGGUUAUUGAAUAUAUUUUAGAGUUUGCCUGAAAAUAGGAAUUUUAGGGGCUCGUUCAAACUUAAAAUUACACUGUGGGGUGUGUGUGUGUGUGUGUGUGUGUGUGUGUGUGUGUGUGUGUGUGAAUGAGUGUUUUCAGCAGUGAGGAUUGAUCCCAGGGCACACUAUCUUAGUAGUAGCACCCACCUACCAAUAAGCACAUCCCUGACCUUAGAAAUGCAUUUCUUACCCCACUGCAUUGACCUCUAUUGAGCUCAUUGACUGAGUAGAAAACUAGGGUCUUUGGCAGUCAGCAGCUUGGCAAAAUUUCCCUAAAGCUUCUUGGGCUGGUGCGGCUGGCAGUACUUCAGUGUUGAGGAUGAUGGAGCCAAGGUACAUUGUGAUUCCUAGAUAAAGUUUUAUAGCAGACACCAUAAACUGAAGACAUACAUCGUAAGAGUGUAACAUGUGUGGAAUUUGAUGCCAUCAUAAAAAAAAAAAAAAAAAACCAUCAGGUACAAGCCUUUCUUAAAAUGAUAGUUUGGACUUGGUGUGAUGCCAAAGGGGCUUUGCGUUGCCCGAGGUCCUGAAUAUCUUCACGCUCCAACGAUCACAGACACGGUCAUGAGCUCUGCAGGCGCUGUGUUGGCAUGGAGGCUCACAUCUACAGCAGGGAUUCUCUGUUUAUAAGGGGAGUCUGUAAGAAGCUUAUCUCUGCAGAGUAAUGUGGAAACAAACAAUGAGUAACUCUGAGUGUUCCUGCCCUCUGUCCUGCACACCCAGGUUCCUUUCCCAAUUACGUCUAUAGUUCUCACACCUUAGGGAAGAUCUACUGGUAAUUGUUAAACCAUGCUUAUUAGUCUGGGGCUAGUUCCUUGAAUGCUGUGACUCCCACUGCUGUGUAAAAGAUGAAAACUAUAUAAAUACUUCUUUAGUCGUGUCAGGAGAUUGUAGGAUUCAGAGUGCUCUCAAUACAGCAUCAAACAAGUAAUAAACGCUGGGUAUUGAACAAUACCAUCCCACAUCCCUGCCCACCUUCUGAGAAUAAUAGUUUACACCUGGCAUUUGUGAGAUGUAACCUGUACGAUCUCAAGGUUACCCCAGACUACAAGUUUUUGUCAAUCACUCUUGUGGUCAGUAGUGAAUGAGUUGCUAAAUAUUUAGAUAAAAGCAGAUGUGGGAAGCUGUUCUUCCACUUGAAUAGAACUUCUGUGAGUUUUCAAAGAACUCAGACUAUGGCGCUGUGUUUCUUUUAUUUUUUAUUUUUUUUAUUUUGGAUGCAGGGUCUCACCAUGUAGCUCAGUAUGGGAGUCACCAUCCUCCUGCUUUCACUUCCCCCAUGCUGGGAUUACAGGGGUGUGCACUGCUGAAGAUUAACACACCCUCACCAGCCCACCAAUGUCACACAAACACCUUCCACAAAGCCACACCCCUAAACCGCUCUUUCUGUGUCUGAAAGCUUUAGAUUUUAUAUCUACUUUUCUUGGUUUCUCACUAACUUGACAAUCCCCUACGGGGAAGCCCGAAAGUAUCUUGUUUAGUGGCGCCUCUCUACCUGUCAGUCCUACAGGUAGGUGCUCAUGAUGUUUGUAACAUAAAAUACAUAUUUUCUAAAAUUGAGAAGUGUCUACAACCAAGUGACUAAUAUACAAUGUUCAUAAAUGCAAAACUCGUUUACAUAGAUAUAUCUUUAUAUAUUAUAUGUAUAUAUCUUUAUCUUGCAAUCUGAGCAAAUAGCACCCAGUAAACUUUAAAGUAUUACCUGAGUUUAGUCUGCAUUUUGUGUCUCAUAGUCGAUAUGCCUGAGGUCUGGGGAUGUAAGCAAUACUUGAAACAGAUAAUGAAGGCGUAUAUAACAAACAGAUCCUGUAAGGCAGGGAAAGCUUUGAGUCUCUAGCCUGAGUGCACAGAUGUUUAUAAAGCUCAAGCCUAUGGUAUUUAAGAGACAUAGUAAGGACGUAUGCUGAUGUAGCAUCAAUAGUUUUAUAUUAUGUAAUUAAAACCUACAUUACUAAAAUUAUACUGUAAUUCUUAUAAGCUAUUUAUUGUUGUUGGUAUUAAGGUUUCGUGUCCUAAUAAAAAGCUUAAUUUCUGCUUUAAAGUGUGAAUGCAAACACUGGACAGAUCUGUGAUAGACUGUGUGAUAUUUAACGCUAAAUAAAAUCUGAAGUUGCAUAAUUA